UGCACCUGAGUUUGGCCGUGUCUCUUUUCUCUUUCUCUUCGUUGGCUUCGCUAAAACAUGAGGCAGUGAUGGAGAACCGUACGAUUUCUAAAAAGAGGAAGUUCGUAGGCGACGGUGUAUUCAGAGCCGAGUUGAACGAGUUCUUGACUCGUGAGCUCGCCGAAGAUGGCUAUUCGGGCGUGGAAGUCCGCGUGACGCCAAAUCGGACUGAAAUCAUUUUACUAGCCACCCACACGCAGAGCGUGCUCGGCGAGAAGGGACGCAGGAUCAGGGAACUGACGUCUGUGGUACAGAAGCGUUUCAACUUCAAGGACCAGAAUGUCGAGUUGUAUGCUGAAAAAGUAGCCACCCGUGGUUUGUGCGCUAUCGCGCAGGCAGAGUCUCUUCGCUACAAGCUAAUUGGAGGUCUUGCUGUACGAAGAGCAUGCUAUGGCGUUCUACGUUUCAUCAUGGAAUCCGGCGCGAAAGGCUGCGAGGUCGUUGUCAGCGGCAAAUUACGUGGUCAAAGAGCGAAAUCAAUGAAGUUCGUUGAUGGUCUCAUGAUUCACUCGGGUGAGCCGACUAACGAGUACGUGAAUGCUGCCACCCGACAUGUACUCCUGCGGCAAGGCGUAUUGGGAAUCAAAGUUAAAAUUAUGCUACCAUGGGAUCCCAAUGGCAAGAGCGGUCCGAAGAAGCCUCUUCCUGACUAUGUAUCGAUCGUGGAACCGAAAGAAGAAGUACCGCCAUCAGUUCCAAUCUCCGAGGUGAAGCCAUCAAAAGAUAUACCCCAACCCACUCCUCUCGCUGUAUAACAAUCGAUUUAAAUGCAGUUUUAUAUGCAUUUAGAAAAUAAAUAAACGGAAAAUAAGA